CAAUCCUCCCUCGUCUUCCAUUUAUAUACCCACCAACCUCAUCUCUCCCUUCUUCGACCUCCCAGAAAUUGAUUAAUUCCUCCUAACACACAGUGAAUUCCGAUUAUCUGGAAUUAGGGUUUUGUCUCUUCUCUCUGAAAUCGCCGAGGUUUCUUUUCUCUUUUUGCAGCCAUGAAGGUCCAUCCCAUGCCGAAGAAGAGAAACAUCACGGUCCGGUACGACAUCGCGUCGGCUCUUUCUCAGUCGGAGACGGUGGUGGGGUUCCGGCAGAAGAAGCUCCGGCGACUUCCCCACAUAUUCGCCAAGGUCCUCGAGCUGCCCUUCCACUCCGACGCCGACGUCUCGAUUGAGGAGACCCACGAUUCCUUCCGAUUCGUCGUCCCGACCGACAACGUCGCCGGAGGGAACAUCAGGGCCCACACCGUCCAGAUCUACCCGGGCGUCACGAAGAUCGUAAUCCGCGGGGACAGCCUCGUAGACUUUCCCCUUGCGGAGCUGGAGCUCGACCUGUGGCGAUUCCGCCUCCCGCCGUACACUCUGCCCGGCAUGGCCAGCGCCGCUUUUAGUGACGGCGAACUGGUGGUCACCGUCCCUAAAGGACCGCACCAAGAAGAGGACGGCGACGAUGAGCGGCUUGUAUUUGUACAGUAAUCCUUCAACAAUCACUUAUUUCUUUUUCAGCCCUUCUUAAGCUUCAAUUGUGGCUCCAACCCCGGUAAUGGAACCAAAUAUAUUAAUUAAUUAAUUAAUUAUAUUAUCAUGAAACCUCAUCCCUACUGUUCACGAGGAAUGGUUGGACAGUUACUUCGUAAGAGGUAAAUUGAGCUAUAUUCAUAGUUUGACGAAGAGUGAGAUCGAUCCUUUUGGUGUACGUAGAAGGAGCUAUUACCCAAAAUAGAACUCUUACAUUACUGCUGCUCAGAUUAAGGGUGGCUACUACAAAGAAAUCGAUGAACAAAAAAAACAAAGAAACCGCCAAGAAAUCCGAAGUCGAGAGGUUCACAAUGCACUAAUGAUAGAUUUGAUUGAAGAUAUUUUUAGUCGCUCGAAUAAUUACUAAUUUCUUCGUAAUGUAAUGUAAUUUUUAUAUUUUUAUUUAUGUUAUUAUUUAAAUCUUAUUUUAUUAAUGCAAUUUUUUCUGAAUGUAUUUUUUAUUUAAUGAAUUAAUGUCGUUUAA